AUGCUCGAGUCUGGUGAGUCACUGCUGACCCACAGUCCUGGCGCCAAGGGUCCGGGCCAGCCACACUGGCCUCAGGAAGUGGGGAGAGGUGAUAAAGGGCAGGAGUGGGACGCCACCAAGCCUCCCACUUCCUACAGCUUGGGUGGUGAAGCCUGGUGCCAGUGGGUAUCUACUCAUACAGGCCCGGGAGUCUAUGCUGCCCAUCGGCUCACAGUGCAGGGCGUUCAGCCCCCGGGGAGCUGCCCGGGGUCAGGGGGGGUCACUCCCCGCCAGGGCCAGCCUCCCCCUGGCUGCCUCCUUUCAUCACUGUCGCUGUGGUGGCUCGACGCUAGCAGCAGGACAGACAGGACUGCCCAGGCUGGGGCACGUAACAAGCCGUCUAGCGCCUCCUGCCUCAGUCUCUCCAAACCGCCCCAAGGUUCUAGUCUUCCUCCCGGAAGCCCCCCACGCCGACUCCAGCUCCGCGGGCCUGCGCGGAUUUCACGGGCCUGUGGGGCGCGGGCCCGCCUGCUAGGGCCAGCGCGAGCGACGCCGGCCGCGGCCUCAGCGCAGGGGGCCUCUCUGACUCCGCGGUGGGCGGGCCAGCGGCCGCUGCACGCGGGCACCAAGCGGGCGGUGUCUCCCGCGGGCUGGAGAAGCAGCCCCGACCCGCUGGCAGCCGGGCGGACCGCGCGGCGGGGCGGAGCCGGCCCCUGCCGCGCUACCCUGAUUGGCCGGCGAGCGGCCAGCGGUCUGCACCGGCUCCUCAUUGGUCGCCAGCCGCCGGGUCACCGCCGGGUUCGGCUCGGCGCGGCAGUUCGGGCCCGCGUGCGUGCCGCAGCAGGACUCGGGCGCGCGGGCCGGGCUUAUCAGCGCGGGCAGCUGGGGCCAUACCCAUGCGGGCGCGCCGGCCAAUUCAAUGACCAUUGUCCGCCGGCCCCUUUGUUCGAGGGCAGCCGCUUCCUGCAGGCCGCGCGGGGGUCGGGCACCGGAAACCCCGGCGCGGAGGCCGCCCCGGCCCGGUCCCGUCCGGCUCGCGCGGCCGCGAUGUCCCCUCCCAGCGAGGCGGCAGUGGGGCUGGCUCGUAAGAUCGGAGCCCGGCGAGCUGGGGAGGGACGGGGCGUCCCCGCGGGGUCGUUCCCUCCAUCCUGACCCUGCCAGGCUCCUCCCGCUCCCGCCGCCCACGCAGGCCCGGCCGCCUUCCAGGCCACACCUGCCCGCGGCCUGGGGUGCUCCUGACCCGCAGCUGGCAGACGGCCUGGGGCACUGGUGGGCAAGGCGGGGUCUGAGGCCCCCGUGGCCACUAGGCGGCAGGGCAAGAUGUCACAGCCGGGCCUUUCCCUUGCACAUGCCCCGGCUCCUCCCUGGUGGGAAGCAAGAGCGACACAGGGCCUCACGGACCCCUGGAGGAUCUGGUCACCAAGGGCUUGCACGUGUGGGUGAAGCUGGCAGGGGGCAGCCGGGCAACCCAGAGGGCGGCCAGACUGCCAAGGCUGGUGACUGCCCAGCCCACUGCCAUCACCUCCCAGUCCAGGCCCCUCCCCUGCCCUCGGGGCUCUGGCCACAGCUCCCCCUUUUCCCAUCACCUGCCCUUCCUAGCGGGAGCCCCCAACGCCCCCCACCCAGCUCACAGAGGUCAGCAUCACCGCUUGGGCCCCACGUGGCCGCUGUGCCGAGGCUCUGCCCAGACUCUGGGCUGCCCCCCGCUUUCCGGGCUCCCACACUGUGACCUGGGCUCACCCCGCUCCUCUUGUCCCCUCUGCGUAGGACUGUGCUGCCCUUGGGAGAGGAAUCAGAACUGGGCUGUGUGCUGGGGUGUGGGAGGCCUGCCUGCCACACGUGGAGAUGGCGGCUGCGAGCACUGGAGGUCCGUCCUUGCUGCCCUGGCUGGCAACACCCCCUUGCUGUUAAGUGGGGUGCAAGUGUCAGGCUCUGCCCUCCCACUUAUGGGGCCUGUGAUGCCCUCAACUGGGAAGGACUGUGCCCACCGUCAUGCAGGUCAGGAGGACCACAUCCCACACAGACCUGCUGGUGCCUACGUGGCUAGCUUCAGUCCUGCAUGGCAGUCAUCACUGCCACCUCCAGCUGCAUGUCCAAGGACACCCUGACCCCUUCCUGUGGCCCUUCCUCUCCUGCCCUUACCAGGGCCCUGGCGGCCCAAGGAACUGUGCUGUUCUGGGGAGAGGGACUUUCUGUUUCUGGAGAAGCUCUGGCCACUGCUCUACACAAAUGUCAGCAUUUGGCUCCAGGCUUGCUUCUCCUCCAUGGCCCCACACCAUCAACUGGCUCAGCAUGCCCCUGCUCAGGCAAGGGUGGGAACCGAUGCCAGGGAGGCUGGGCUGGACCUGUGCCCUGCCGGGACCCUGGGUGAGGCCGCAAGGGUGUGGGGCUCACAGGGCCAGCUCUGUGGGAGGUCUGCAUGAGUCACCCCCACACGCAGGCACAAAUGCAGGAAACUGCCAUUCUGCUUAACUCUGUUUUCUCCCACAGAGGGAAAGUCGGUCACACGAAGGCAUUGUUCUUGGCCAGCGCCUUUCCGGGUGGGCUUCUCUGUGCGCUGGCCUCACGCUGAGCUGCUUCCCCUGAGACCCAGGGGUGCCUGGAGUGGGGAACGUGAAUGGGUGCAGCCACCGGCCCUGCUGACACCAGCAUGGCCACCAGCAAGUGCCCAGCAAGAGCCCAGGGGGUCUUGAGAUGUUGCCCAGGCCAGACUUGAACUUGCCAUCCUCCUGCCUCAGCUUCUUGAGUACCUGGUGUUACAGAUGUGCACACUCAAGAUGCCACACCUGGCAAUUUUCUUCCUUUUAGACUGAGUACUACUCCACAGAUGGGAAGGCCACCUUUUUAAAUCCAUUCACUGUCCACAGAUGCUUCAUUCUUUUGCUGCAUGGAAGUUUUAAAUUGGAUGAAAUCUGGUUGCUGUCUUUUUUUUUUUUUUUUAGUUGUUUGUGCUUUUGGUGCCAUAUCUAAGAAAUCGCUGCCAAAUUCAGUGUCACGAAGCUUUUGCUUAUGUUUUCCUCUAAGUUUUACAGCUUAGCUCUUAUGCUGGGUGUUUGAUGUGUUUUGAGUUAAUUUUUGUGUGGUAUCUGGCAAAAUCCAACUUCACUCUUCUGUGUGUGGAUAUCCAGUGUUCCCAAGGAUGCCUCAGGCCUGCAAACAAGCCCCUGCCUUCCCUUCUACAGAGACCAGCUGCAUCUGUCCCUGGGGCUCGGCCCAGGAACCUGGGAGGCACCACAGCUCCCCCGUGUCCUUCAUGCUCAGCUGGGGUUGGAUCCAGCCAGGUCUCCAUUCAGUGGUGCAGCACGUGUCAGGACAUCAUGCUCCCCAGGGUGUCUGUGUGCUUGUGCUCUCAUCUCUGGCUCUGUCUCUAUCUCUGUCCCUUGGAUGCCAAAGCCACAGGAGCAAUAGUGACGGCCCCACCCCUCCUCCAAGCUCUGAGCCCCUUUUAAAAGUAUGCUCAGAAAAAAUUUCAGGCAUACAUAAAAGUAAACAGAAACCUAAAAAACUCCCCAACACCUCGCUACUGUCCACCCAGGGUGACCCUGCCUCUGCCCGCCCAUCCAAGAUGUCAUCUGCUACUUCAGCUUGCACCUGUACCUCCACCUCAGGAAGCUCGGUCAAGCAGCCACAGCACAGACAGCAGCAAAGAAUGUGCACCUCUGCGCACACUGGGCAGGCCAGGUGCUGACUGGAGCCCCUGAAGGGCUGAGCAAGUUGGCGUGGUGGUGCAUGCCUGUGAUCCCAGCACCAGGAGGCUGAGGCAGGAAGGUACCCAUGCAUUCAAGGCCAGCCAGGUCUACAUAAUGAGUUCAAAGCCAGCAUGAACUGCAUAAUGAAGUUCCAUCUCAAAAGUGGGGGUAGUGGCCCCUGCGCAGUGACCGUGUCAGUGCUAGAGGGAAGGGUUUCCCAGCCUGCUACCGUCCCUACUACGGGGUCCAUGUCUUUCUUUUUUUUUAAGUGUGCAAUAUGAAUUUAUUGUAUUUAAUUGAGCUUCUCAAAUUUUGAAUACAAAAGAUUACAUCUUAUGUAAAACUGGGGGGCUACCAGAAAAAGGAUUAUAAUCAAUGUUCUAUCAAAAUUAAAAUUUUUUUCACAAA